AUGUCUAGAACCCAGACUGAAGACGACAUGCACUCUAGAUCGGGUAUCUACCGAUAUCUAAACGAUACUCGAGUCCAAGAAGCGGUGCUAACGGCUCGUAGCCAACUGAAUGAGAUGUUCAUCGAGGCUGUCAAUUCAGCGGUAGCCGUUUCUCACGUGAAUAUGACUCACAUACUGGAGCAACAUACCAAGUUCUAUCCGGUACUGCAAAAGCUGUUCUUCGACUCAGCUAUUAGAGCUACGCUGGUAUCCAUCGGUGUAUCAUCGGACGUCAGGGAUGAAUUCCUGAUUCCAGAACACGGGGUAACUCUAUUUGGCUUGAGCAAAGAUCUGUCGCUAUGGGAGAGAAAGCAAUUGCUCUGUCUUGAUGCUGACAGUGGUUAUCAUCUGAAUUAUCACAAAUGGGGUGUCAUGAUCAAGCUUCUCAAUAGAGCUAUAGAGAUCAAGCGAGAUAAUUCCGCGCCGAGGCUCGAGCGCUGUCCUGGGCUUGGAUCCUGA